UUCAAACUAGGGUCUUCCCGGUCCUAGUCCAGCACUCUAACCACUAUGCUAUGCUGGCUUUUAUAAAACCCUUGCCAAGAAAUCAAUUUGGGAUCUUGCAAGAAGCAUUAGGACUUGUGGAUUAGUGAACAAAGACAAUGGGAAGGGAGGGAGGAAAUGCUUCUUAGUAGGGUGCCCCCACAACCCACUGGGUAGACCCCUCCCUCAUUACAGGAUGACUGAAGGAUCAACUCCCACUAAAGGGACUGGCCCUCCAGGCUGGUAAAGAUUGCUGCCACCACCUACUCUCCUUUAUGGUAGAGUCCUUUCUCCCCCUCCCCUUGGCUAUCCUGGGCUGGGUAGAGUAGGAGACCCAGGCCACCCACCAUCCAAUUGAAAUCAAUAAAGGAUUCUCACAGGGCAGGAGCAAUUGGUGACCCCUAGGCUCCAAGGCUUGUUGACAUGGUACUAGGGAGCUUCCCUCCCCUUCCUCACAGAGCAUUCCAAACCACUCUUCUAAAGUAGAGCUUUUUAAUUCCUUUUAUGACGCACUUGAUUUGCUGAGAAAAACAGAAGAGUUGGCAAUAGGAGAAACAAAUCAGUUUGCGAAGGCUAUUGCCCAGUUGGAAGUAGUCCAGAACAAUUUCCUAAGGAAGAAAGUCUCUAAGAACAGUUCCUGGUGAAAUCUUGUUAUUUACACUACAUGGGUGGGAAUCAAUGAACUAAACUUCUCCCUGCCUCCGGUGGGGAGAUUUAGUUCUUGGAGCAGAGAAAAUAAUAGAGAUCAGCUCCUCGAAUGGGAUGCCAGUAGAAAUGCUGUUGCGGUACAGCCAUAAAAGUUCUAAUUCUGGUACCACCAUUAUAAGAAAUAUAGAAGUUUCUCUGGUUAGUAUUAUCUGGUUAAUAUUACCAGUGUCUACUGAGGAAGGCUUUUACAUCUUUUCAUUUUCAGUCCUUGCCUUCAGCAUAUCUUGAAGGGAGAUUUAGUAAACUCCCAGUAGAACAAAGAGCCAGCGUGGUGUAGUGUUUAGAGUUUUGGACUAGGACCGGGGAGACCUGAGUUCAAAUCCCCAUUCAGCCAUGAUACUAGCUGGGUGACUCUAGGCCAGUCACUUCUCUCUCAGCCUAAUCUACUUCACAGGGUUGUUGUGAGGAGAAACUCAAGUAUGUAGUACACUGCUCUGGGCUCCUUGGAGGAAGAGCGGGAUAUAAAUGUAAAAAUAAUAAUAACACAGCCUUCGUCCUUGUAGCUCUGGGCAAGUGCAGGACAUCAUCCACUACAUCCUCUAUUGCCCUAUUUAUGAUGAGAUCAGGGAAUAAACAUUGAUGAGAGAUAAUCUUAAGGGGUCAGAUGCAGAACGUUUGACUUACCUUCUUGAGGAUGUGAUUCCAUACGUCAGCUGUCAAGUCACUAUCUUUGCUAUGCUUUCUUUUAAACUUAGAAAGAAAUGUUUACGUUCUAAAAUGUAGCACUGGUUUUAGCUCAACCUAACUGAUAAAACUAAUUGGUAUGUUUAUAUUUCUUCUUUUAUGUUAUAUUAUAUAUGACCUGUGGUCACAACAAUAAACGUAUUACUUACUAAAUCGGUUUGUAGGAUACACAGGCACACUAGAAAGAAAAGGAAAACAACCUAAGGCAAUGUCUGUCUGAGAACGUUUCCUACCACUGUGUAGGGAUGUGCACGGAACCUGGUGGAGGAGGCUCAAAGGCAGGGGGGGUGCCACUUUAAGGGCAGGGGAGGGUUCACUUAACCCUCCCACCGCUUUUCCCCCUCUGGCGCUCUGGUUUUUCCACGUCCAUGGGGUGGCAGCGUACCUCCCUGCUGCCCCAUUGUCCAGAACGAAGCAGAAGUAUCUGGCGCUCGGGUCACCCGCCGUUCAAACCAGUUCCGUGCACAUCCCUACCACUGUGUUUUCUCAGAUGGCAGUCCGUCCUUAAAGCAUUUCUUACACUGCAGCUUUCUCAGUCCAGGCCUCCCAAUGAGGACCUGGGAGAGAGCGUGUGAUUCCAGCCUUUUCUGGCUCCUCUCUCUCUCUCUAGCUUCCAACAGACUGAACUACAAAACAGAAAGUAGCUCCAAAUUUAACUGAGCUAUUGUCCUCUCCUCCACAAAAUAGAGGAGAAAACAUCUUUCAAAUUGGAUUGGUCUCAGGUGGGACCUGGCUACCAGUCACAGGGUUCCUGUUGAUUUCCAGGCCCCCAUCACUUCCCAGCUACCAACUACAGUGAAGUUGAGAAAUAAAUAAAACCAUAACUUGACAAAGAAAGACUGGCCAUAUGAGACUUAACUCCAACCAUUAGAUCUUCUGGGUACAUUAGAAGUUUCACUGGAGCUCAAAGGGAAAAAAUGGAUUUUCAAAGCCCAAUAAGAAAUGGAUCGGAGAAAGGAACAGAAAAAGACCUCCAAAGCAUCCAGGCUAGGAGUGGCAAGGAAUUCUGGGAAAGAAUGGUGCAAAAGAUCCAUCAAGGAGACCCUACCAGCUCUGAUGUUGAACACCAGAGACUCAGGCAGUUUCCGUACCAGGAGGCUGAAAGGCCCCGAGACAUUUGCAGCAGACUCUACACCCUUUGCCAUCAGUGGCUGAAGCCCGAAAAGCACACCAAAGCUCAGAUGCUGGACCUGGUGAUCCUGGAGCAGUUCCUGACUGUCCUGCCCCCAGAGAUGGAGAGCUGGGUGAGAGAAUGUGGAGUGGAGACCAGUUCCCAGGCAGUGGCCCUGGCAGAAGGUUUCCUCCUGAGCCAGGCAGAGGAGAAGAGGCAGGAGGCACUGGGUACGUUAGCCAAAGUGGCCACUGGUCCCCUGCAGGCAGAGAAGGCUCCAUCAGACACCAGGCAGAGGCUGCUGUUCAGGGGGAUCAAGCAGGAGGAAGAGGGGGAUGGAGGAACCACCUCUCUGGGCAGUGAAAUGACCCUGGAGAUUCCUUCUAGGCCUUCUCCUCUUGUUGGUGGAGUGGAAGGGGUUGCUGUGCAGUCACUGCAGGAUCAGGGACCCGUGUCCUUUGAGGAGGUGGCUGUGUGUUUCUCCGAGGAGGAGUGGGCUCUGCUGGAUCCUGGCCAAAGGGCUCUGCACAGGGAAGUCAUGGAGGAGACUUCUGGGCAUCUGGACUCGCUGGGUAAUCAGAGGAAGAACAGGAAAAAGGGGGAAGUGCCAAGAAGAAAAACUGAAGAAACAGAGGAGGAGACAGCAGCGUUUGAAAUGACAGGCUUCUGUGCAAUUCCAGUUGAAGAUGAAGCUAGUAAAAUUCCUCUAAGUGGAAACAUCUUAACUAAUAAACCACACCUUAGUGCACAUCACACCAUCCAUAUGAGAGUGAAAGCCUAUCAAUGCACAACGUGUGGAAACAGCUUCAGUGACCGGUCGAACCUUUAUGAACACCAAAGAACCCACUCAGGAGAGAAACCAUGCUUGGCGUGUGGUAAGAGCUUCAGUCACGGCAGUGCCCAUGCUGUCCACCAGUGUGUCUGCAAACAAGAGUACAGACAUGGCGGAAACGGCUUCAGUGCCACAGAUAAGCUUGCUUCCCAUCAAAGACGUCACACAGGAGAGAAAUCCCAUACAUGCUCAGAGUGUGGAAAGAGCUUCAGUCGGAAGGGCAAGCUUUCUAUCCAUCAAAGAAUCCACACAGGGGAGAAACCGUAUACCUGUUCAGUGUGUGGGAAAAGGUUCAGAGAUAGUUCAGCCCUUAUAAAACAUCAUGUAAUCCACACAGGGGAGAAACCGUAUACGUGCUCAGAGUGUGGAAAGAGUUUCAGUCGGAAGGAUAUUCUUUUUGCCCAUCAAAGAAUCCACACAGGGGAGAAACCGUAUGUGUGCUCAGAGUGUGGAAAGAAUUUCAGGUACUACUCAAAUCUUGCCUCCCAUUGCAAAAUCCACACAGGGGAGAAACCAUCUAAAUGCUAAGAGUACAGAAAGAGCUUCUUUCAGAGGAGAAAUCUUAAUUUUCACUGCUCAAAUGAAGACAUUCAGGAUUAUCUGCUUAAUUAUGUUUUAAUGACUGACAGCCAGAGCCUUGGCUUCUUAGGAUUACCCAGACAGCUCUCAUGAUGGUAAUUGUCCCAUCUGAAGGAAGGCGGGUGCACACGAGCUCCCUAUGGAAGGAGAGCAGCCCUGGGAUUUGGGCAGCAGGAGGAAGAGGCAACUGGUGUGGGGGGGGGUGCCAGCCAGGCCUGCCGGCAACCAACUGGAGGGAGGAGGCGGACCUGGGGGAGUGAUGGGGGUGCGGGCACUGCCGUGAGCAGGGAAGCCACUCAUGUUCUCUCCCCAAACUACACCCCUGAGCUACUAUUAGGGGUAACCUUUUCCCCUCUUUUCACUACUACAUCUUUUUUGUAGUCUAAUUAGGGGCAGGUGACACAUACCUGAACGACUUAGGUCUGGGUUACCUGAGCGAGUGCCUUUCUCCACAAGACCUCUACAAGAUCCCCACCACUCAUUAAGAUCAUCAAGAGGGGUCCGACUUCAGGUGCCACCAAUUCAUAUGGUGGCGACCUGGCAUCGGGGCCUCCUCUGUUGUCACUCGCUCCUAGGUUGUGGAACGUGUUCCUUCUGGAUAUAAGAGAAUUAUCUUCUUUGGGGACCUUUAGGAGCGCCUUAAAGACAGACACACACCCCUUAUUUUUUUAGCCUGGCGCUUAAUGAUAUCUCGUUUUAGUUUUAAAUGUAUGAAUUUUAAUCUGGUUUAAAUGUUGUUGUUUUUUAAUUUUAAUUGUUUUGUUAUAUGUUUUUGAUUUGAAUGUCAACCGCCCUGAAGGGCACUUGGUGUAAGUCAGAUGGAUGAAUGAAUGCAUUAAUGACAUACACUAGAGCAGGGGUGCACAACUCACACGUCCCAGUAGGCCAGGAAA